AUGGGGGCAAUUAAAGGCGGUGAAAUGGUUUACAUGAUAUACAGAGCUGUCACAUAUGGUCUAUCACCGCUGAUAAAUCUUCAGCUCCGGUGGCGCAACUUCCGAGGCCUCCAGCAUCCUCUCCGGUGGCCGGAACGCCUCGGUCGACUUUCUUGGAACCCCUCGAGGUAUGCUACCGAUCCCUAUGCACAUGUGGCGACAACAUUCGGUCUCUCCUUAGUCAAACUCGACAUCCGCCAAGAAUCUGAUCGCCACACAGACGUCCUCGACGCGAUCACCCAACAUCUAGAAAUCGGGUGGCAACUGUUAUGA